AUGGCACCUGGUAUUCCAAGUCAGGCUGUGGGGGUGUCGAUUGCUGUGCUACUGUACUCGUCAAUCUGCCUGUCGUUGUCAACGAUGUUGACUUGCCUGCUGGUCAGCUUCGGCGAAAGUUGGUCAUAUGUAACAAUAUUCGCCGGAUUCACAGCAUUCAGUACCGCGGCAUCGAUUGCCCAGCAACUGCAUUAUGCGACAUCGUGGGUAAUCAUCAAACAGGCGCAAUUUAACAAGGCGGUUCUAGCCUUGACACAAAAAGGGUUGGCCUUUGGAGGUGCAGCACAGAUUGUCGAUCAAAUUCUGUUUUUCAUACAAUUUUACUGCUAUAAUGUGAUGUCGCUGAAUAUCUUGUUUUGGACCAUUGCACUCUUCACUGGAUCUUGGGGAAUUCGCGCGAAGUGGCUUGGAGACUGGCAUGAGCGGGUUGCUCCUAUAUCAAAAGUGUUUUCGGUUCUUUUUCCUGCACUGAUCGUUGGUCUUUUGAAUGUCAGCGCUAUUCAAGUCAACGCAGGACUGUUCAUAUUCAUUUCAUAUGUUACAAUGUUCUCUAGUCUGUCCAUGGGAAGCGUUCUGCUCGUAUUAAUCUUGUACAAAUAUAUGAAGACACGUCGGUUGGUGUCUGGCUACUCGAGAAGAGGAAAAUGGUGGGCGUCCGGAAGCUCGAAGGAUAGGAGUGACAACAGGAGUGGGAACAGAAGCGAGAACGACGUUGGCACAAGAUACACAGCGGAAACAGCAGUGACAAAUACCAGACGAUCGAUAUAUGACCGGGCACUUAUCACUCGAUUUACCAUUGGCUUCGUCAUCCUCGCACUCUUUGAAGUUGCAAUCAUAGUCUUCACGCUCUUUCAAGCGAACAAUAACGCCGCAAUAGCUGCUUCGGGACAACCAGAUCACAGUAUCUCGGGCACGAUAAGCGAUAUUGUUCUAUUCAUCCCAGGUGUUACAGCCUCGCUCAUGGCGUUUCUUGUGUUCGGCACGACGAAAAAUUGGCGCCAAUACCGAGAUCUGAUCACUGGUGGCUGCGGGAUUAGGAAAAAACUGAUUAUCAAGAGAGUUCGAAGAGCAGAAGAAGCCGCCCGGCCACAAGGCUUGGAAUUUGAACGACUACCCAGCCUACAAAAAAGUCCCUCGGAAGAAGAGAGGAAAAAAGGCAAGGAGGCUGUAGAUAGGAUCAAGAUGUUUGUCAAAGAAGUUGGUCGUGAUGAUUCUUCAAAUGAAGGAGAGGGAUCAGGUUCCUCGGGGAUAAGAGUUGACACUGAGCGGAUUGUGCAAUUCCACCCUGCCAGCCAUUCGAAAUACAACGCUGCAGAUCUCAUAUCUCCAGUACCCGGUCGAGCCGGCGAGAAUAUAUCGCACUCGGUCAAUGUUGCUCCCUCUUUUGAACCAGAAGAUCAAGUUAUACAAUACGGAAGAUCAGAAAGCCAACAACAGCAAGGACACGCAAGACAAAUUUCAGGAACAGGAGAGCCAAGGAGGUUCGUCAUGGAGCAUUUGCCACAAACCCAGCACAAACACAACGACUUCAUUGAGUCGGAUUCUAGUGAAUAA